UUUCCGCACUGCGCAUGCGCAUUUCCACGGCCCGACAACCAAUCACAGUGAAGCGCGGGCUUUUUCGAGUGUUUUGGCGCGCCAACUCAAUCGAGAAGCUCGAAGCCGAAAGCUAACCUACCUAGGACGGACCCCAGCCAAAGACGCGGCAGUAGAGCAGCCAUGAUAGGAAGGAAGUAUACAGAUCUACGCCACGGGAGAACUAGCGCGGAAAACCUCCCCAGCCGUGGUAGAGCGGUGGAGGGGAGGAAGCUACGAAUUGUAGUUGAAGGUAACAUUGCAAGCGGAAAAUCUACUCUUCUCAGCAAAUUGAGCCGCAUCAAUUCUGUUGAGAUCAUGGUGGAACCUGUGGAGGAGUGGAGAAACCUAGCCGGGGGGAAUCUCAUCGGCCGUAUGUAUGAAGAUGCCAAGAGGUGGGGCUACCUCUUUCAGUCGUAUGUGCUCCUUACAAUGAUGGACCUCCACCACAAGCAAGUGGAGGCUCCAGUGGCAGUGUUAGAGAGAAGUGUCUACAGUGCACGAUACUGUUUCGUCAAAAACCUUCACAAAAGUGGAGUGAUGGACGAUAUGGAACACGAGUGCUACUGCCAGUGGUUUGAUCUUGUGACGAGGCAGAGUCCUCCACAGCUAGACCUCAUUGUUUACCUAAGGUCAUCUCCGGAGGUGUGCUACCAACGGUUGCAAGAGAGAGGGAGAAAGGAAGAAAAACCUGUCACUUUGGAAUAUCUUCAAGCUCUGCAUGAAUGCUACGAGGAUUGGCUGGGAAAUGAUAAACACCACAGUUGGCAUGGCAACACACCAGUGCUGGUCAUAGAUGGAAAUGAGGAUUGUAAGCUCAACAAUACUCUACACAAGAAACACUGUUCCAACAUCCUUUCUCAUCUCGGUCUCUCUGAAACUGUUGCAGCUUAGCACCUUUUACUUCAAUGCACAUAACACCAUGAGUUUUUUAUCCUCCUGC